AUGCGGGAUGUCGUGUGGCUUGAUUACUGUCGGCGUAACUUGCCGGCGGCUAUCUUCUCUCGGGUGUGCGUCAUUGAAGGCCGUGCACAUUGUUUUCCACUUCAUUUCCAUUGCCGCAACCCUUUUCUUCUCCCUGUCCCACCACCCCCGAUCUCGACUGCAUCACCACCAAGCUUUGCAGUCAUGUGCUUCGAGAGCUGUGUGACCACCGACUCGGUCACGGGGUCCAAGCACAUUCCUGCAUCCGCUCGCGUCGAUCCGAGCUCGCUCCCCUUUCACACCCUCGCAGACGCAGCUUCGGAUGCCAAGGUGACGGUGACGCUCUUCCAUCUCGGCACCAUCAAGAGCUACCGUCAGGCAUGGGCAGAUGACACCUGGGACACGAAUGUCAAGCGACGACUCGAGAAGGCAAAGCAACCGGUGGAACUUCCGAUCCUGAGCGCACUCAUCGAGCACGAGCCUACGGGCGAAAAGUGGCUCUGGGAUCUGGGAAUGUGCAACGACUUCUCUGUGCUGCCAAAAGUCUUUUCGAGCGGCACUGUCAAGUUCCUCGCUCCGGAACUGCACGACCAUGGUCAACUGAAGAACGUCCUCUUGAAGAAGUUCAACGUCGACUCGAUCCAGGCCAUAGGUCUCUCCGGUAUCAUCAUCAGCCACGCCCACAUGGAUCACUACGGCAACCUGUUGGACUUCCCCACUUCGCUUCCGGUGUUCGUCGGUCCCGGUACGAUGGACUGGGUCGGAGGAGGUGAAGAUGCUGCACUGAAAGGUGACAAGGGUCUCAUGAGUUUCCCAACCAGCUUCCUCAAGGAUCGCACUUUCGUCGAGAUGGAUCAAAUCGCAACCAGUAGCGUCGGUGACAAGUUCAAGAGUCGAAUCAAGGACGCAAAAGUAGGACCAUUCGACAAAGCUUGGGAUUUCUUUGGUGAUGGGAGCGUGUACGUCGCUUCUGCUGAAGGUCAUUGUCACGGUCACAUGGUCCUCAUCGCCAAAACCACAUCCGAGCCCAAACCGUCCUACGUGCUGCUCUCCGGCGACGCAGCUCACCAACAAGCGCUCUACCACCCACUCCCCCCGCCUCUCCAACUCGACGCCGAGUCCCUCAGCUCCUCAGCCGUCAAGUACGACGGCUCGUAUUCCAGCGACACGGACAAACGCGCUACACCGGGCUACUUCGAUCGAACCAGCGCACAUGCCGUCACCGAUCGCGCCAUCCCGAACGACAACGUGUCUUGCAUGCAAGACUUCCCGGAUAAGUCGAUGAGAACCCUCAGCGCGCUGACUCGCCUGGAAGCGUGCUCGGAUGUCAUGGUCGUGCUCGCGCACGAGAUCGAAUUCGUCAAAGCUACAGGAAUGCAAGAGGGCGACGAGCUGAUCGUCAACGACUGGCAGAAGAAAGAGCGUAUCGAGCAAGCGUCCAUCAACACUGCCGACGUCAAGGCAGGCUACGAGCACCUAGCUGCACGAUACGCAUCGUGGGUGGAGCGUAAGAAAGAAGGACGUGGCAAGGCUGACGGCGUGUAUGGACAACUAAAGCUGGCCGUUCCAGCCGCUCCAGCCGCUCGACCUCGACCUGUCCGUCACCGCGGUACGGUUUUACCCAUGCACGCUGUCGGUGGGUAUCCCAAGAUGCUCGGUCAGACGUACAAUGUGGUCGUCGGAAUGGGAACGCCCGCCCAGCUCUUCAACUUGACUGCCGACACCGGCUCGAUGCUCGCCUGGGCGGUCGACUCGUCGUGUUCCGAGAAAGAUUGCCCUGGAGUGGCGACGAAGAAGUCCUACAACCCUGCCAAAUCGACGACCAGCAAGAAGUUGCGAAGCGACCACGAAGCAUAUGGCGAUGGAGAGAUGGAUCUCAUGCUGUACACAGACGUGGUCAGCCUGGGCGAAUUGACCAUCAGAACGGCUACGAUCGGAGGCGCCAACAAGACUUUUGAAAAGGAUGGGCAGCUCGAGCAUGAUGGACUGCUGGGUCUAGGUCGCCAGGUGGAUGCAGCACCAGAGCCGAUUCUAGAAAGCUUGGGAAAGGCAGACCGCAGAUUCGAUCAGACGAUCGCGCUCGACCUGGGCGAGAAUGCCACGCUGGAGGUCGGCGGAUUCGACUACAUCAAGUAUCCCAAGCUGCAGCAGAUCAACGUCCAAGCGGACGACGGUUGGCUUCUGUCCGGCAGUAGCGUCACCGCUCCUAGCGCCCCCGCCACAGACCCCAUAGACCUGCUUGUCGACACGGGCUCUUCCGUCUCGAUGCUACCUGCAGCCCAAGUCGACACCAUCAUGAGUCGACCCGGUCUGCAGUUCAACAAAACCGCCGCCGAACCCAUCGUCUACUCGAUGCCGUGCAGCACCAAGCUCGGCGUGCAGAUGAUCCUGCCAGACGGCACAAAGGUCGGCGUCAAGGAUUCGGAUAUACUGAUGCAGAGCAACGAUGUCACGAUGCCGGGGUGUUUAAGUUUGCUGGUGGGGACUACGAAUCCUUUCCUGCCGUCGGUGGCGGGAACACCGAUGCUCAAGAGCGUUUACACGGUGUUGAGUAGGGGUAAGGGGGGAGAUUGGAUCGGGGUCGCGCCUUUGCUGCCACCGACUAGCGGGGGUAAGGUGGGAGGGCGCAGCGGAAAGGUCGGCUGA